AUGGUGAUCCAGACCAUCUAUCUCCCACAUCUCCCCGCGAAUCCCAUCCACAUCUUUCUCUUCGAGAACGUGAAAAAUGCAGCGUUCCUCCGGGAGCAGCUGAUGGCUGGCAAUAUGGAGUUCGAAUAUACCUUCCUCGACUCAACGAUGAUCCUUUCCCUCCACCACGUGCUGGCGGCGAUGUUCCGUGCCGUCAAUGAUCUAAAACACAACCGGAUACGAACGAAGAACGUGCAUUCAGAAGCGGUGUUUUGUUUAAGUCCUAAUAAUAAUAUCGCAGAAUCAUUUCGGCGGUUUGGACUGUCCGGGGCGACGGAGAGCAUGCUCGCCAUUAAAGUUGGCGGGCUCGAUCCUACGACCCCGCUAGAUCAAGAAGCGGAGAAGGUCAAGAGACAUAUUCUUGCGUCUGUUGACGGCUCGCCCUUGGACUCGUUGGAUCGGAUUGAUGAUUUUGCCGAUCUGGAUAAAAUCCGGAAGGUGUACAAGCUCCAGAAAGGGAGUAAAUCGAAUCGGACGGGGGGGCAAAGCGCUCAGGUGAAUACGGGCAAUGGAGACGAGGAAAGGGAGGAGAUGGAGGCGGUCAUACUGGGAUUGAUGGCCUUAAGAGGAGCAUAG